UUCACAGUAUAGAAAUCUCGUUUCCACAGUUUAUUCAUUAAAACCAUCGGUGUCUUUCAAAAAAAAUUAUUAGAAUUCUUUCGGUCUAUCUUUUCAGUCAUCGCCAGAAUUCGAUCUUGCAGUUUGCCUGAAGACAAUAAUUUGACCGUUACUAUGGUCUUUAACGUGUUCGAGGUUACAGUGACUCAACAGCAACACCAUUCGCAAGCUCACUCUAUUCUAGAACGCAUUCUUUCAAUGGUUUCGGGCACUAGUUGUUCAGAAUCACUUUUCAGUAUCAAGGAGCACUGGUAUAACGUGCUCAACAAAGUGCAUUUUGAUAAAUUUCCUAUAGUAUUCGCAGAUGCUGCUUAUUUGGUUCAGUUCAUCGCAAAAUAUCCUGCUGAUUCAUUGUUGUAAUCAAUAGUUUCUUUGGGUAGUCUUUACAUGGAAUCUGGCAGUCGCGAAAGGUAUAUCGUACACCGAGAAACCAAGAAUAAAGAGUCUUCUUAAAGCAGUUGUCAUUUCUACUAAAACUGAUAGAAAUAUAUUCUACAAAAUAUUUCCAAGAAUCCUUACAAGUAUUCCAUGAGAGUUCAUCAUAUAAAGUCGUUGAAAGGAACGCUCGCGUUUGGGCAACAAUUCAAAAGAUUCUAUUAAAGCGAAAUUUUUCUUAUUCCGUAAAUAUGAAAACAGCGUAUUCUGGGGUGACUUAACCAAGUUUCAUCUUUGAAAUUUGCAGAGAAGUCGUUAUAGUGCCAUCUACACGCUCUUGUCCUCUCGCAACUUGUAUUUUUAUAACACCACGAUAUAUAAAGACUCAUUCCAAUCUUCAGGGACGUCAAAACUAUGUGUUUUGGUUACUGGAAAAUGGUCCCCGACCAUAUCGGAUUUCUAGUGAAAAAGGCUUGCUUUAGAAGACUUUAUAGUUUUCUUCCAAAGAGACAAUCCUAGAACUCUAAAGCAAAUACUAUAUUUUAAGCUCUGUCUUGUAUCUUUCUUGGAAAACUCUUUUUGUCUCAAGUUUUCCUAUGGUUCACGUUUAGCCAUCAUUUACGUCUCAAGCUUGGGUAAUAAACUUGAUUUGAAAAAA